AUGGUCGCCGGAAGGUUCAAGGAGCUAAUAAAAAAGUACGGCAAAGUAGGAUUAGGAGUACACGUCUCGGUAUCGGCGGCCUCGGUCACCGGCCUCUACGUCGCCGUCAAAAGCAACGUCGAUGUGGAAUCGUUGCUCGAAAAAGUUGGCUUGCCUGGCCUCGGCAAGGAGAAGGGUACCGGAAAAAGCUCCGAUAUGCCUCCGGACAAUCUAGAGACUACGAUUGAUCAGACGGUGGAGAAGGAGAGGAACCGAACGGCGGAGCUGGCGGCCUCUAGCGGCGGCGCUCUGGCUCUGGCCGUGCUGAUUAAUAAGGCGCUUUUCCCGGUUAGGGUUCCGAUUACUCUCGCGCUUACGCCCCCGGUGGCGAGGUUUCUUGCAAGGCGCAAUCUUUUCAAGAUGGGUGUAUGA